CGACAAGAGGCUGGGUAACAUGGAGUCCGGCAAGAUGGCGCCUCCCAAGAACGCUCCCAGAGAUGCACUGCUCAGCUGAGCCCCUCUAGAGAGUCGCGGCGUUACAGUGAGCGGGCCUGGCAGCCCUGCUUUGUCUCCUGGGCCUCAGGCCUCCGCCUCGUUGUCUCACCCCAUCCGUGAGCCCUGAGUCUCCAUGCCUGUGCUUCUGAUGCUAGCUUCCCCCACGACUACAUCCGAAAAUGACAACCAGCUGGAGCCACCCCUGCCUCUACUGGGAAAGCCAACCUCUGCCAUAAAUAAGUGAUGGCACAGAUCCUGAAGGAUAUGGGAAUCACAGAGUAUGAACCAAGGGUUAUAAAUCAAAUGUUGGAAUUUGCGUUCCGGUAUGUGACUACAAUUCUGGAUGAUGCAAAAAUUUAUUCAAGCCAUGCUAAGAAACCUAAUGUUGAUGCAGAUGAUGUCAGACUGGCAAUCCAGUGUCGUGCUGACCAAUCUUUUACCUCUCCUCCCCCGAGAGAUUUUUUACUGGAUAUUGCAAGGCAGAAAAAUCAAACGCCUUUGCCACUGAUUAAACCAUAUGCAGGACCUAGACUACCACCUGAUAGAUACUGCUUAACAGCUCCAAACUAUAGGCUGAAGUCCUUAAUAAAAAAGGGACCUAGUCAAGGACGACUAGUUCCCCGGUUAAGUGUUGGUGCUGUUAGUAGCAGACCUACCACUCCUACUAUAGCAGCCCCACAAACAAUGUCUGUCUCAAAUAAAGUGGCAACUCCAGUGUCAGUGACAAGCCAAAGAUUUACCAUGCAGAUUCCAUCUUCUCAGUCCACACCUGUCAAACCAGUUCCUUCAACUACUGCAGUUCAAAAUGUUCUGAUUAAUCCUUCAAUGAUUGGACCCAAAAAUAUUCUUAUUACCACCAACAUGGUUUCUACACAGAACACAGCCAAUGAAUCAAACCCACUGAAGAGAAAACAUGAAGAUGAUGAUGACAAUGAUACUAUAGUUAAGCAAAAAAGUCCUAGUCUAGAAGCGUAUCAGGGAGGGAGACACAAUGAAAAAGCAUCAACCUUUGGAACCAGACAAACUUGGACUUGAACCCCUGCUGUUACUACCUCUGUGAGUGUGUCCAAGACUUUUAACUAUUUCUUCAUCCAUAAAGGUAAAAUACAUAUCUUGCCUAUAUAA